AUGGCCAUUGCUUCUAUUUUCCUUUUCUUUUAUACUCUCUUAACCUUCAUCUCUCCCUCUACAGCCAACACCUCCUAUCAUCCCAAGGCACUUGUUCUUCCGGUCACAAGAGACUCUGUGACAUGCCAAUAUGUUACCCUGCUUCAUCAAAGGACCCCUCUUGUGCCUAUCAAACUAACAUUAGAUCUAAGUGGUCAAUUCCUUUGGGUAGAUUGCGAAGAGGGUUAUGUCUCAACCACAUACCACCCUGCCCACUGCCACACUUCCCAAUGCAACAUCACAGGAUCCAAAUUUUGUAGAGACUGCUUUCUGUCUAGGCCAGGAUGCAACUAUAAUACAUGUAGCCUUUUCCCAAAUAACAUUCUUACUCACAUCAAUGAAGUUGGUGAGGUUGCACUAGAUGUUGUUUCAAUCCAUUCAACUGAUGGAUCCAAUCCUAGAAAGAUGGUCACUAUACCUAACUUUCUCUUCACAUGCGGUCACACAGAUCUCUUAAAAGGCCUUGCUAGUGGAGUCAAGGGCAUGGCUGGUUUUGGAAGGAAUGAGAUUUCGGUGCCUUCCCUUUUUGCCUCUGCUUUUGGCUUCCACAUAAAGUUUACAAUUUGCUUGAGUUCUUCAACUACAUCUAGUGGUGUCUUGUUCUUUGGUGAUGGCCCAUAUGUUUUCCUUCCUGGCAUUGAUGUUUCCAAAUCUCUUACCUAUACCCCACUUAUCAAAAACCCAGAUAACUCAGCAGGGCCUAUCUUCCAUGCAAGACUUGGUGCAGAAUAUUUCAUUGGAGUGAAAGCUAUACGAAUCAAUGAGAAACCCAUCCCAUUGAACACAUCAUUGUUAUCCAUAGGUGAUGAGGGCGAGGGUGGGACUAAAAUUAGCACCCUAAAUCCUUACACAGUGAUGGAAACCUCUAUCUACCAUGCUUUUGUUAAUGCAUUUGCCAAAGAGCUUGCAGAUGUUCCAAAAGUGAAGCCAGUUGCGCCCUUUGAGCUAUGUUUCAAUUCUAAGAGCUUGGGGAGCACAAGGGUUGGACCUGCAGUGCCCUCAAUUGACUUUGUGUUGCAAAGCAAGGAUGUGUUGUGGAGGAUCUUCGGGGCAAACUCUAUGGUACAAGUGAGCAACGAGGUUUCUUGUCUUGCGUUUGUGGAUGGAGGUGUAGAAGCAACAACUUCCAUUGUUAUUGGUGGCCAUCAACUAGAAGACAAUCUCUUGCAAUUUGAUUUGACUAAUUCAAGGCUUGGGUUCAGCUCUUCCCUAUUGUUCAGGGAAACUACUUGUGCUAACUUCAACUUCACGUCUACCACUUAA